AUGGCAGUGACUGCUGUGGUCGGUGGGAGUUUAACUGCUUUUAUGAUGUAUGUUAGAAAAGAGAAACAGGAGGCUCUGGAACGUGAAAGGAAACGUCAGCUGGGUAAAGCAAAGAUAGGAGGUGAAUUCGAACUUGUAGAUCCAGAGGGAAAAGUUGUUAAGAGCUCAGAUUUAUUAGGCAAAUGGUUACUGAUUUAUUUUGGAUUCACCCACUGCCCUGAUAUUUGCCCCGAUGAAUUGGAAAAACUAGCAGAAGUUGUUAAGAUACAUGAUAAUACUCCACAAUCUCCUCCCUUGCAGCCAGUUUUUAUAUCAGUCGAUCCAAAACGGGAUACCCCCGAAAUAGUUGGCAAGUACUGUAAGGAAUUUUCACCACGGUUCCUUGGCCUCACAGGAACUGAGGAACAGGUACAAAAGGCAUGCAAGUCAUACCGUGUUUAUUUCAGUGCAGGGCCCCAAGAUGUUGACAAUGACUACAUUGUGGACCACACAAUAAUAAUCUACCUGGUGGAUCCAGAUGGAGAAUUUGUUGAUUAUUAUGGUCAGAAUAGAACUGCAACAGAUAUUCACAACUCAAUGCUUGUUAAUAUCCAAAAGCAUGAAUCGCUAAAGAAGAAGACGUGGUUU